GGCAACAGAAAGAGUCCCCUCAUUAUUUCUACGGGAACGUGUCAUACUGGCUCACAUCUACAGGGAGAGCUUCAGGUGGAGGAUUUGGAGAAGCGGUUCUUUAUGUGAUUUACAGUAGCACUAAGAGCAGAUCCUGUGAGCUGUCACAUCGGAAACACCCCUGGAUUGAGAGGUGCAUGCUGAAGUGAUCUUUCUGAUCUAACCAGACAAGAGGACACAGUAAAGAGUAUUAUGACAAACUGAAAAUCAGACGAAAAGAUCAGCAUAAUAAAGGACUUUGGUUGUUCAGAAAGGUCAGUGACUACGAUGGUCUAGAGCCCCUGUCUGGCGUUGCCGUGGUAAUGGAGCUGAAGGUGUGGGUGGAUGGUAUUAUGAGGGUGGUGUGCGGCUUGUCAGAGCAGACAUCAUGCCAGGAGGUGGUGAUCGCACUGGCCCAGGCAAUCGGUCAAACGGGACGCUAUGUUCUGAUUCAGAAGCUACGGGAUACAGAGAGGCAGCUGCUGGCCAAUGAAAAACCUCUGGAGUCUCUGGCAAAUUGCGGACAGUAUGCCAACGACGUGCAGUUCAUCCUGCGGCGGACUGGCCCCAGCGCUAGCGAGCGACCCUCCUCCAGCAAAGACACCCAGCCUCCUGAAAGGACGUUUGUCAAGGCGAGUCUUCCCGUUAAAAACAGAGCUGAGGGCACAGAGCUGCCCAAACGCAGGGAGCCGAAGAAGUCCAUGACAUUCAGUUUGGGACCUAUGGGGACAGGGGAUCUUUCACCAAGGAGUAAAUUUAAGCAACACAGACAAAACGGAGGUGACUCCAGAGACACUAGGGACCAGGCUUCUCCUGUUGCCCACGUUUCCAAAGAGGACAUCUUCAAAAAGAUGCUGCUUCAGCAGGAGCAGCUUCACGCUCUGGAAUCACAGAUGAAGUCCCUGGAAUCAGAGAUCCACUCCUGGGAGAGGCCAACUGAGAAAGACCUGGAGGACGAGCUGUCCUUGCUGGAGCUCACAAUCAAGAAGAAUGGGGUGGAGCUGGAGGAGGGGGAGUUCUGGGAGAGCGAGCUGCAGAUUGAGCAGGAGAGCGAGCAGGCCAUGCAGAGGCACCUGAAUGACCUGCACAAGGCCCUGCAGGACUGCGCCCACAAACUCUCCAACUUCAGCAGCAAGUCGGAGUCCCUGGAGCGCAACAUCCAGCUGGAUAGCGCAGAGUGGACCAAAAAGAGCAAAUCCGCCUCGAGACUGAGUCACACAGAUCCAGAGGAGGCCCUGGCCAGGAUGAAAGACGAGAUAGAGGCCAAGAUCAAGCUGAGCAUCGAGCUGGAAACCUACCUGAGCGUCACAGAGAGAGCCGUGCAGGAGGCUGAGAGAAUCCUUCAGAUGAAGGAACAGGAGCAGGAGGAGCUGAACAAGGAGCUGAGGCAGUGUAACCUCCAGCAGUUCAUCCAGCAGACUGGGACCCCCGUAACAGCCCAGCACCCCCACAGCGAGCAUGCAGAGCAGCCGGACAUACCCGCAGAGCCCCUGCCAUACAGCCACACAAACGGGGGGUCUCCAAUCCCAAACACAGACUCCCCUCCACGGCCCACAGCUAAACAGUUCCUGGGUAACCCUCGCAACCUCCAGAAUCCACUUGUGUCCAGCUUGAAUCCAGAGGUCCUAUCAUCAAGGGAGACCACCUGGAGGUAGCUUGGGGCCAGCAAGCAGAGGAAAGGUGCAGAUCACUGUAUAUCAAACUAUAUAUUUUUAUCCUAUAAAAUGAAAUCUAUUUUUGUUAGUUUUUUUUCGCAAAAUGACAUACUACAAAAGCAUGAAAUAGAAAUAUUUUGUCACAGGAUGCCCUUUUAUUUUACUGAUGUAUUACUUUGAACUGUAUGUGUAUAAAUAUAUUAAAGUUUAUGUGUGCUA